AUGCGGUCGGAUGGGGUUGAGGUUGAGGUAAGCGAGUGGGUUAGGAGUGUGGGGAGAGCGAGAGAGAGAGAGAGAGAGAGAGAGAGAGAGAGAUGAGAGAGAGAGAGAGAGAGAGAGGAGAGAGAGAGAGCAAAUUAAGGGCAGUUGAAAGAGAGAUAGAGGGCAGGGACCAGGGACCAGGAGGAGAGAGAGGGAGAGGAAUCAGGAAGAGACGAAGAGAUAGAGGGAAAGAGAGAAGAGAGAGAUGAAGAGAUAAGAACAGAGUAUUUAUUUCUCCACAUGUGAAUGAUAUUCACCCCUCGGUUUCAUUAUACAACCUUUUUUUUUUACUUUUGAAUGCAAAAAUGCCUUAUUAAAUCCACUGAUUCACAGAUCAGAGAACAACCCUGUUGAUUUAGCCAGAGGCCUGCUGUGCUGUAGGGCUCAACAGUUUUCUCUUUCAAAUAGAGACAGUUAAAAGAUGAAGACAGCAGAUUUAAUGCAUUUGUAUUUGGGCUUUCCUGCAAUUCCAACCGUGUCCCUUUUUCUCAUGUCUCUCACGGCCCACGCAAAACCAGGGAUAUCCGUUACUCUAGGGCAAACGUGCUCUUUCUAACUCGACUUUUCCCCCUCUCUCUCCUCCCCCUGUACUCUUUUAAACUUCCUAAAACAUCCUAUGACUAGCGUACUUUGGAUUAGCCUCUAGAAGCGGGCUCUUUGAAUAUGGGCGAGUGGGAUAUUUUAGGGUGAUCAGUGGUGCAGGGCAGCUGUUACAUUAAGGAUGAACAGCUUCUAACAUUUAUUAUCUCAGCCGGUAUAACACAGCAUCUGUGAACUGCCACAAACACACACACACACACACACACACACACACACACACACACACACACACACACACACACACACACACGUGAAGGAAAGGAGAGAGGAGAAGGGAGGAGAGAGGAGAGAGGAGGUGACCCAGUUGUGGAAGCAGGAGGGGUGGAGGUGAUGUGAUUGUGCUGGAGGUUUCAGAGGAUCGGGUGGUGUGAUAAAGAGGGUACUUCAUCUAUUUGCACAUUGUUACAACACUGUACAUAGCCAAUAAUAUGAAAUGUCUGUAUUUGUGAGUGUAAUGUUUACUGUUUAUUUCGGAUUGUUUAUUUCCAUUUUUGUGGAUUGUCUAUUUCACUUGCUUAGGCAAUGUAAACACGUUUCCCAUGCCAAUAAAGCCAAUUGGAUUGAAUUUAAUUGUACACCUUUGUGAGUGCAGUGUUUACUGUUCAUUUCCAUUUUGGGGGUUUGUGUUUUUUUGUUUCUUCUCAUUUUUGUUUAUUGUUUAUUCCACUUGCUUUGUAAACAUAUGUUUCCCAUGUCAAUAAAGCCCCUUUUAAUUGAAUAUAAUUGAGAGAGAGAACUGACAGUGAGAAUGCUAUGCAAACGAUUAGAAAGAUCUAUCAUAAAUCUCGCAUAAAUGUCCGCCCCUUCCCCUCUCUCCACCCCCCCUCCCCCCCCCUCUCUCUCCCUCCCUCCCUCCUCUUCUGUCUCCCUACUUGUCUCUGUCUCAGUCUUCCACCUCUGUAAUAGUCUCAGACACAAGGUGUUUGCAGAGAGGCAAGGUUGAUGUGCUGAUAACAGCCCUGGCUUUAAGGGAGGGAAACACAUUUCCAUCCCGAGCAGUGUUCUCACAAUACUGUUUCUCGCCUCUCUCUGUCUCUCAUUUUCACCUCUCUCUCUCUCUCUCUCUCUCUCUCUCUCUCUCUGUCUUGCUUUUCUCACUCCUUGCUCCAUCUUUCUCUCUCACUCUCCAUUUCUUGCUCCCUCUCUCCCUCUCUUCUCUCUCUAUCCUUUUCACCGCUCUCUCUCCCUCUCCCUCAUUUGCUCACUUUCACUCAUUCUCUGCCUGCUCUCUCCAUGUCUUGCUCUCCAUUUGUUCUCUCUCUCAAUUUCAAUUUCAAUUCAAUUUAAGGGCUUUAUUGGCAUGAGAAACGUAUGUUAACAUUGCCAAAGCAAGUGAAGUAGAUAGUAAACAAAAGUGAAACAAACAAUGAAUAUGAACAGUAAACAUUACACUCAGAAGUUUCAAAAGAAUAAAGACAUUUCAAAUGUCAUAUUAUGUCUCUCUCUCUCUCUCUCUCCAUAGCAUCUCUCGUCUUUCUCCUCUCUUGCUGUCUCUCUCUCUCUCUCUCUCUCUCUCUCUCUCUCUCUCUCUCUCUCUCUCUCUCUCUCUCUCCAUAGCAUCUCUCGUCUUUCUCCUCUCUCGCUGUCUCUCUCUCUCUCACUGUCUCUCUCUCUCACUGUCUCUCUCUCACUCUCUCGUUGUCUCUCUCUCUCUCACUGUCUCUCUCUCUCUCUCUCUCUCUCUCCCUCUCUGUCUCUCUCUCUCGCUGUCUCUCUCUCUCUCUCUCUCUCUCUCUCUAUCAGCUGUGACUGUAAACAGAGAGACACAUCAAGUGCCUCAGCUUGUACUGUAUAUCCUCUCCCACCGCCGUUGUUCUUUGCCCUUUCUCUCACACACACACACACACACACACACACACACACACACACACACACACACACACACACACACACACACACACACACACACACACACACAUUUGCUCUCCUCUCUCGCCCUCGGCCUGUCUAGCGAAGUGUGUGUGUUUCACGGUGUCUCAGCCAGGUAGGCAGAGGCAGCUCUCUCGCCUGUUCCAUUUGAUGCGUCGGGGAACAUUUCAGUGAAGCGAGUGCUUCCGAGGUGCAGCAGAACUCUCCCGCAUGUCAACGCUCUCCUCUCCUCCUUGUCACCCCCCUCUCCCUCUCUCCAUCCCUCCCUCCCUCUCGGCUUGAUCUGGUGGAAAGAUGGGAACAUUUUACAUUCAGAUCUUGGCUCAAAGCACACAAACAUGGGCUGCACACACACACACCCGGCGACGACACACACACUGCCUCCCUGUCACACGCCACACUAUUGUAAUUCCAUCACAUCAUCACAUGGCUCCAGAGAAUGUGGAAACCGAGAAUACGUGCGUUCCCUGAAUCCUUACACACACACACAAACACACACACACACCACAAACAAACACACACACACACACACACACACACACCACAAACACACACACACACACACACACACACAACACAAACACACACAUACGCACACCACACACACACACACACCACACACACGCAAAUCACAUUCCGGUGCUUUAUCCCCCUUGGUAAUCUGUUUAUGGGGUGACAGGCAUGUCAGGGGAGAAGUUAAUUGAAAUCGGUGCUAAUCUGAUGAUGACACGCACACAGCCACAGAAAGUAGUCCUCGUCCCCGUCGUCACCGUGGCGAUAGACCCAGUCAGCCAGUCAGGCUGCACCUUGUUGUGUUGUGGCAGGGAGCGGAGGGAGUCAAUAAGUUAAUGCUACUUAAUUUCAUGCCUCUUGGUUCUGUUAAGCUGCUUGGUGUGUGUGGCGUGUUGAUUGGUAAUCUGACAUUUGAUAUGCGCCUCACUGACUCACUCACCACGGAUCUGGUUCUGCAUGUUUGGCCCCCCUAUCCCAUUAUCAUGCCUUUUUCCUGCCCCGGGGACGGCAGGAUGCGACGGAUCCGUCCGGCGGCCCCACCAAGGAAAAGGGUGAACUUCAAGGCACUUUCCCCUUCCUCAUUCUCCCUUCUCUCUCCUUUUCUCCAUUCUUCCUUUUUCCCAUCAUUGUAAAUAUGAAUUUGUUCUUAACUGACUCUCUUGGUUAAAUUACAUUACAUUUACAUUUACGUCAUUUAGCAGACGCUCUUAUCCAGAGCGACUUACAUUACGUUCAAAUAUAAACAAACAACAAUAAAACGAAUCUCCUCUCUCCCUCUCCUCUUCUCACAGGAUGGCUACUAUUCCCACCGGCCCAAGGAGAAGGUCAGAGUGGACAGCAACAAUGAGAACUCUGUGCCCAAAGACUUUGAGAACAUAGACAAUAGUAACUUUGGUGCCCGCUCGCAGCCCCAGCGCCAGCCCCCAGGGGGCGCUAGUAGUAACAAACGCAGGGAGAAGCUGCAGGAGAAUGCCCAUGCCCAACAGGCAGCCUGGAAGGAUAACGCUCCCAUUCUCAGCCGGAGCUCGAACGAGGUCCUCCAGUAUGGACGAGCCGUAGCCCAGAAUGGCUCACUUCCUGUGGGCCCGAAAGCGAUUGGAGCCGGGUUGGCGGGGGUGGGCUCCAGGAACCACCACACCCGCUCUUCACAGCCACAGAGCCAGGGUCAGGUUCAGUCUCACCCCCAGUCACAGUCCCACCCCAAGACUCAACAUAGACACCAACACCCGCAUCAAACCAAGAAGCAGGCGACUGCGGCUCCAUUGGAGGUCGUCUACGACCAGCCGCCAAAGUGUGAGAUCAGUGGGAAGGAAGCCAUUUCAGCUCUGUCUAGAGCCAAGACCAAGGAGUGCCGGCAGCAGAUAGCUGAGGUGUACUGCAGACACAAGGAGGGUCAACUGAUGCCUGAGAAGGUCACCCGCUACUGUCCCAUAGAGGGUGAGUUAAUAGAUAUACUGUUACUACUGUUACUGUAGUAACAGUAUAUACUGUUUGGUAGAUGAGUGGAACAGUAUAUGGGUGAACAGUUGGGUUUGGUAUUUUGUAUACUGGUGUGAACGUUUGGGUAUACUGGGUUAAUUUGGUUAAUUGAGGUACGGGCGUGAACAGUGUGGGUAUAUGGUGUGAACUUUGGUAUACUGGGGGAACAGUUGGAGACUGUGUAACUGAGUUUGGUAUACGGGUGUGAACAGUUUGGUAUAUGUGUGUGAACAGUUGGGUAUACUGGUGUGAACGUUGGGGUAUACUGGGUUGAUUUUGGGUAACGGUGGACAGUUUGGGUAUACUGGUGUGAACAGUUGGGUAUACUGGGGUGUGAACAUUUGGGUAUACUGGGGUGUGAACAGUUUGGGUUUUACUGGUGUAAAGCAUUUGGUUAUACUGAGUGUGAACAGUUUGGGUAUACUGGGUGUAACAGUUUGGUAUACUGAGUGUGAACAGUUUGGGUAUACUGGAGUGUGAACAGUUUGGGUAUACUGGGUGUGAACAGUUUGGGUAUACUGGAGUGUGAACAGUUGGGUAUACUGGUGUGAACAGUUUGGUAUACUGGGUGUGAACAGUUUGGGUAUACUGGGUGUGAGCAUUUUGGUAUACUGAGUGUGAACAGUUUGGGUAUACUGGGUGUGAACAGUUUGGUAUACUGGGUGUGAACAGUUUGGGUAUACUGGGUGUGAACAGUUUGGGUAUACUGGGUGUGAACAGUUUGGGUAUACUGGUGUGAACAGUUUGGGUAUACUGAGUGUGAACAGUUUGGGUAUACUGGGUGUGAACAGUUUGGUAUACUGGUGUGAACAGUUUGGGUAUACUGGCUGUGAACAGUUUGGGUAUACUGGGUGUGAACAGUUUGGGUAUACUGGCUGUGAACAGUUUGGGUAUACUGGCUGUGAACAGUUUGGGUAUACUGGUGUGAACAGUUUGGGUAUACUGGGUGUGAACAGUUUGGGUAUACUGGGUGUGAACGGGUUUGGGUUACUGGUGUGAAACAGUUUGGGUAUACUGGGUGUGAACAGUUUGGGGUAUACUGGUUGUGAACAGUUGGGUAUACUGGGCUGUGAACAGUUUGGGGGUAUACUGGUGUGAACAGUUUGGUAUACUGGGUGUGAACAGUUUGGGUUUGUUGGGUGUGAACAGUUUGGGUAUACUGGGUGUGAACAGUUUGGGUAUACUGGGUGUGAACAGUUUGGUAUACUGGUGUGAACAGUUUGGGUAUACUGAGUGUGAACAGUUUGGGUAUACUGGGUGUGAACAGUUUGGGUAUACUGAGUGUGAACAGUUUGGGUAUACUGGUGUGAACAGUUUGGGUAUACUGGGUGUGAACAGUUUGGGUAUACGGGUGUGAACAGUUUGGGUAUACGGGUGGUGAACAGUUUGGGGUAUACUGAGUGUGAGACAGUUGGGGUAUACUGAGUGGUGAACAGUUUGCGUAAACUGGGUGGUGAACAGUUUGGUUUUUUACUGGAGUGUGAAAGUUGGUAUACUGGGUGUGAACAGUUUGGGUAUACUGGGUGUGAACAGUUUGGUAUACUGAGUGUGAACAGUUUGGGUAUACUGGUUGAACAGUGUGGGUAUAAGGGGGUGUGAACAGUUUGGGUAUACUGAGUGUGAACAGUUUGGGUAUACUGAGUGUGAACAGUUUGGGUAUACUGGGUGUGAACAGUUUGGGUAUACUGGCUGUGAACAGUUUGGGUAUACUGGGUGUGAACAGUUUGGGUAUACUGAGUGUGAACAGUUUGGGUAUACUGAGUGUGAACAGUUUGGGUAUACUGGGUGUGAACUUUUUGGGUAACUGGGUGUGAACAGUUUGGGUAUACUGGGGGGUGAACAGUUUGGGUAUCCUGGGUGUGACCAAAUUUUGGGUAUACUGGGUGUGAACAGUUUUGGGUAUACUUAGUGUGACAGUGUUGGGUAUACUGGGUUUGAACAGUUUGGGUAUACUAGUGUAACCAGUUAAUUGGGUAUACUGUUGUGAACAUUUUUUGGGUAUACUGGGUGUGAACGUUUGUGUAUACUGGGGGUGAACAUUUUGGGUAUACUGGGUUAACAGUUUUUUUUUUUGGGUAUACUGGGUGUGAACAGUUUGGGUAUCUGGGGUGCAACUUUUUGGUAAUAUGGUGUGAACAGUUGGGUAUACUGGGUGUUCAACAGUUUGGGUCUACUGGGUGGACAUUUGGGUAUACGAGAUGUGAACAGUUUGGUAUACUGGGCUGUGAACAUUUUUGGGUAUACUGGUGUGAAACAGUUUGGUAUACUGAUGUGAACAGUUUGGGUAUACGUGGCGUGAAAUCCGUUGGGGUAUACUGGGUGUAGAACAGUUUGGGUAUACUGAGUGUGAACAGUUUGGGUAUACUGGGGUGAACAGUUUGGGUAUACUGCUCCCAAAUGGCACUCUAAUCCCUUUAUCGUCCACUUCUUAUGACCAGGGCUAAUAGGGUUUUGGUCAAAAGUAGAGCACUAUGUAGGGAAAAGGGUGCCAUUUAGCUGUGCCACUAGAGAUCCUGGUUCGAAUCCAGGCUCUGUCGUAGCCGGCCGCGACCGGGAGACCCAUGGGGCGGCGCACAAUUGGCCCAGCGUCGUCCAGGGUAGGGGAGGGAAUGGCCGGCAGGGAGGUAGCUCAGUUGGUUGAGCAUGGCGUUGGCAACGCCAGGGUUGUGGGUUCGAUUCCCAUGGGGGGCCAGUAUAAAAAAUUAAAUCAAAAAAAUUAUAAUGUAUGCACUCACUAACUGUAAGUCGCUCUGGAUAAGAGCGUCUGCUAAAUGACUAAAAAUGUAAAAUUUAGGACCAUAUUAUCUAUUUUUACAACAGGAAAACACAAUAUCCCCUGAAGCUGAAAUAAAAGCUGCACACACACACACACACAGAGAUACACACAUAUACAAACACACGCACACUACACUUCCUGUUGUUUUACUGCUAAUAAUUCCAAUUCAUAUCAAAGUCAGGGAAGAAAUGUGUUUCUCGGCUAAUGAGAAAUUUGUGCGAAAGAAUGGAAGACGCUUUUUUUUACACCAAAUUGCUUUCCAAUUUUCAUUCCGUUCAGCCAAGCUGGCCACAGAAAUGCAAGCUCGCACACACAGACUGACACACACACACACACACACACACACACACACACACACACACACACACACACACACAUAGACAGACACACACACACACACACACACAUGCACACUAAUAACCACACACAGACAGACGAAUACACACAGGAACACACAAACUCUUUCGCUUUUUCACCCUCUUUCUUUCUCUCUCUCUCUUACUCACUCACACACACACACACACACACACACCUCACACACAUUUUUCCAAGUAGACUGGUUGAACAUCUGCAGGUUGGCAGAAGACUCCUGUAAACAAAAUCUGUGAGCUUGCCACCAUCAGUGGGCACCACGCAUCAAUGUUUAAAGGAACAACACACACACACACACACACACACACACACAGAGGUGUGUAUGGAGGACAUGUGGAGGAAAGGAGAAAAAAGCUAAAAACGAUAUAUGGACAUCUGGCCAGACAUAACCAGACAUAACCAGACAUAACCAGACAUAACCACAUUCUGUCCGCCCACAAUGACUGUGUCACUUUGUAGGCUACAGGACAGUGCAGGCUACACUUCCAUAAGAUGGAAAGUAAUGCUUGUCUGUCUGUGACUAUUCCAAUGGAUGCGUCUGAAAUUGCACCAUAGUCACUUAUAAGUGCACUACUUUUGAAUAGGGUGCCAACGCACCUUGUGAGACCACCAUGACUGCACCUUGUGAGUCCACCAUGACUGCACCUUGUGAGUCCACCAUGACUGCACCUUGUGAGUCCACCAUGACUGCACCUUGUGAGUCCACCAUGACUGCACCUUGUGAGUCCACCAUGACUGCACCUUGUGAGUCCACCAUGACUGUGCAACUUUGUUAUGUACAGCAAUAUAAGCGAGGAUACAUAUUCCCCAAGAUAUAAACCAAUGCUUGUCUAUCAGUGAAUAAGCUCAUGUCGUCUCCCUAGAUUCACCAUCGUCAUCCCACUCCAACUGACAGUUUGAUCAAAGGAGACGGGGAAAUUGAAAAGGGCUUCUCCCGGGUGGCGUCGUGUAACAACGCGGACAGCUAAAUUAAAUAACUUUUUAUUUUUCACUCCCUCUGUCUGUUCUGUCGUCUGCCACAAUGUUGUUCUCUCCUCCCUCUCUCUCUCUCUCUCGAUGUCUCCCUCUCUCUCUCAGUCUCUGUCUUGCUCCAUCUCUCUCUCUCUCUCUCUCUCUCUCUCUCUCUCUCUCUCUCUCUCUCUCUCUCUCUCUCUCUCUCUCUCUCUCUCUCUCUCUCUCUCUACCCAUGUCUCCGAUGCACCAAUCUGAAUUUGAGGCCCUAACCUCGUUAGCUCUCUCUCUCUCUCGCUCUCUCUCCAUGUCUCCGAUGCACCAAUCUGAAUUUGAGGCACUAACCUUGUUAGCUACAAAUUGUCCAAUUUGAUUUCAUCGGUAUUCUGUCCUUGAAGAGUUGGCUGUGUUAGCGCGCAGCCGGCUCCAUAGGAUAUGAGAGGGAAUAUGUUAGCAUUAGCAGAGCCUCUAUAUGCUAGCUGGGCUAUUGUCUAAUGUCUACAUUGUUGUAAUAUGUGGGAUGGAACUGGCGUCAUCAUUGGCUGAUGUCAGUUGUCAGCCAAUGACCUUGCAUGUUCGGUCACCCCUAAAUACGUAGCAGGUAACAUCAUUCGAGGCUUAUUCACUUGUUGCUCAUAAAAAAAGUAACUUUUUUUUUAUUAAUUUCUGUUCUAUAAGACCUACUUCUAGAACAAAGUAUAAGCUAGUCAGGUAAGACUUUAGUUGGAUCCUUCGUUGGCACUGAGCUGAUUUACAGAGUUACAUUAAAGGACUUUAAUAUUGGAAACUUAAAGGACAUUUCUGCUCCUCUGCUCUUCCAACCUCUCGCAUGACUGGUUAAGAUGGACGGCCAUGAGCUGCUGAAGUUACACAAGAUGAUGGAGAGAGAGAGAGAGGAGAAUUAAAUGAUGGAGCGAGAGAGCUGAUAGCAGAUGAGGGAGAGGCAGUUUGAAAGAUUGAUGGCGAUGGGAGAGAGGAAAAAGGGAUGUGGCAGAGUCAGGCUUUUUUAGACCUAUCAAGCUCCUGUAGCUGUAGAGACACACAGCACAUUGGCUCAUUAGUUCAGCUAGCUAGCAUAGCACACGCCUCAAAGUGCUUGGUGAUGCGCUCUGCCAAUUAGCCUAGCGCCAAGCUAGCCAGUGAACCUCCCGAGCUGCCUACCAAUUAAUGUUCAAUGUGUGUGUGGGGGGGGGGGGGGGGGUGCGGGGGGGUUGGUUCUUCUAUCCUUGUGGGGAGCUAAAAUCCCCAAAAGUCCCCACAAGGAUAGUAAAACAAGGAAAAUUCUCCUUGAGGACAAAGGCUAUUUUAAGCUUAGGGGUUAGGUUUAGGGUUAGGGUUACAAUUAGGGUUAGGGUUCAAAUUAGGAUUAGGGUAAGGGGUUAGUGGUUAGGUUUAGGAGUUAGGUUUACGGUUUGGGUUACGGGUUAAUCUAAGGGUUAGGGUUAGAUUUAGGGUUAGGGGUUAGGGAAAAUAGGAUUUUGAAUAGAAAUACAUUUUAGGUCCCCACAAGGAUAGAAGAACAAGACGUGUGUGUGUGUGUGUGUGUGUGCGCCACUGCAGAAACAUAUUCACCCAGCACUGUCAACUAACCAACCAGCCAACCAACCAUAGAAAUAGAAUCACCAAUCACAGACCCACUGACUUGAAUGGGGAUUGCCCAUUCUAGUAAUUAUAGUUAUUUGCAACCAACCACAUUCACAUUAAAUAUCCCAUAGGCACAGCCAGGCUUCAUAGUAACACACACACACAGACACACACACGCUCUCUCUUUCACACACACACUCACACUUUUCCAACCACAUUACAUUCAAUACUCAAUAUGAAUAACCAGGAUUCAUAGUAACCAAACUAUGAAUAAAACGAUCAUUCCUGGGGAGAAUUGGAUGAUUGAGGGAAGGACAGGAGGCAUGGCCAAUUGGAGUCACGGAAGCAUGUCUGUAGCCCCGCCCCUGUUGUUAGCCUUUAAAUACAAGCCAGAAAAGGGUCCUUCCCUUCAAUUGAGAUAAUUACAGGACAGCAGUAGGAGCCUAGCUUGUCCAGACAAAAGGAAGAAAGAGCCAGAAGGGGAGGGGCACCUUGUGAUCUUUUUACCCCAGGGACAGCACACCCUAAGAGGGUGAAAGCACCCACCAUCUUCUCCCCUCUUUUCUGCCCAUUCAGGGACCAUAGCGAGUCGUGACAUUGUCCCCCACUGCCCUCUGGGAAACCAAGUCCCCUUCCCUCACAACACAGAGGACCAGAUUACUGUCAUUAUCUCCUGAACAACCUCAUCCUCUCUGUCGUCAACAAACAUAACGUCUCAAUAAAGCGCUGUGUUUCCUGUAAUUCCAUAGGCCCUUUGAACACAAAACAACCUAGUACUUAUUUGCUGAUGGAGAACAUAAUACAAAACCAAAGGAGAGGCUCUGAGCGGAAGUCAUUUGUUAAGGCGUUUAGUAUUAGAAUGAAAGCAACCACUAUAUGGAUCUGUGUGGCUUUUAGAAUGGUUUCUGGAGAGAGCUGGAAUUGUUCGUGUUGUGAGUUGGAAUAUUUAUUGUCUACUUACUUCCAAGUCUUAUUUUGGGAGUGUGGUACAGAGCAAUGAUGACACACUAUCAAGUGAACUCCACCCCAAACCCAAAGGAAUGGUUCUAGGAUUCCUAUUCCCAUCUUGUGGCCUUGCUAGUCAUAUAAUAUAAUAAUAAUAUAAUAUGCCAUUUAGCAGACGCUUUUAUCCAAAGCGACUUACAGUCAUGCGUGCAUACAUUUUUGAAUAUGGGUGGUCCCGGGGAUCGAACCCACUACCUUGGCGUUACAAGCGCCGUGCUCUACCAGCUGAGCUACAGAGGACCAGUCGUGGUUCAAAUAACGCCAAUGUCACAUACUGAAUGAAACUCAUCUCCUUGUAAUAUCGUCUUCGUCUUCGUCUUCGUCUUCUUCAUCUUUGGAGUUACUGCAGCACAUGUUCAGUAUACCUCACAGUGUAUGAAGUAUAGCCGAUGAAACCUAAUGUGUUAUUAUUGUGUCUAUCCACAUAAGGCUAAUGCCAACGUCUGGGAGGAAGACUCGUAAGAUAGUUCUACAUACAGGUACAUAUUUUAUUUUCUGUAUGAAUGACUAAAAAGUCUCUGUAUGUUAUUGUUGUGUUGUCCAGGUAAGGCCAAUGCCAACGUGGCGUGGGAGGAGGACUCGUCAGAGGCCCCCCCGUCGGCCCCUGUCAGGAUAGCCUUCGUCCUGGUGGUCCACGGCAGAGCCUCACGACAGUUCCAAAGACUCUUCAAGGCCAUCUACCACACCUCACACUACUACUAUAUACAUAUAGACCAGGUAAGACUAUAGGCUACCAUCUACCACCUCACACUACUACUAUAUACAUAUAGACCAGGUAAGACUAUAGGCUACCAUCUACCACCUCACACCACUACUAUAUACAUAUAGACCAGGUAAGACUAUAGGCUACCAUCUACCACCUCACACUACUACUAUAUACAUAUAGACCAGGUAAGACUAUAGGCUACCAUCUACCACCUCACACUACUACUAUAUACAUAUAGACCAGGUAAGACUAUAGACUACCAUCUACCACCUCACACUACUACUAUAUACAUAUAGACCAGGUAAGACUAUAGGCUACCAUCUACCACCUCACACUACUACUAUAUACAUAUAGACCAGACUAUAGACUACCAUCUACCACCUCACACUACUACUAUAUACAUAUAGACCAGGUAAGACUAUAGGCUACCAUCUACCACCUCAUACUACUACUAUAUACAUAUAGACCAGGUAAGACUAUAGACUACCAUCUACCACCUCACACUACUACUAUAUACAUAUAGACCAGGUAAGACUAUAGGCUACCAUCUACCACCUCACACUACUACUAUAUACAUAUAGACCAGGUAAGACUAUAGACUACCAUCUACCACCUCACACUACUACUAUAUACAUAUAGACCAGACUAUAGACUACCAGCUACCACCUCACACCACUACUAUAUACAUAUAGACCAGGUAAGACUAUAGGCUACCAUCUACCACCUCACACUACUACUAUAUACAUAUAGACCAGGUAAGACUAUAGACUACCAUCUACCACCUCACACUACUACUAUAUACAUAUAGACCAGACUAUAGACUACCAUCUACCACACCUCACACUACUACUAUAUACAUAUAGACCAGACUAUAGACUACCAUCUACCACACCUCACACUACUACUAUAUACAUAUAGACCAGGUAAGACUAUAGACUACCAUCUACCACCUCACACUACUACUAUAUACAUAUAGACCAGGUAAGACUAUAGGCUACCAUCUACCACCUCACACUACUACUAUAUACAUAUAGACCAGACUAUAGACUACCAUCUACCACCUCACACUACUACUAUAUACAUAUAGACCAGGUAAGACUAUAGGCUACCCUCUACCACCUCACACUACUACUAUAUACAUAUAGACCAGGUAAGACUAUAGGCUACCAUCUACCACCUCACACUACUACUAUAUACAUAUAGACCAGGUAAGACUAUAGACUACCAUCUACCACCUCACACUACUACUAUAUACAUAUAGACCAGGUAAGACUAUAGGCUACCAUCUACCACCUCACACUACUACUAUAUACAUAUAGACCAGGUAAGACUAUAGGCUACCAUCUACCACCUCACACUACUACUAUAUACAUAUAGACCAGGUAAGACUAUAGACUACCAUCUACCACCUCACACUACUACUAUAUACAUAUAGACCAGGUAAGACUAUAGACUACCAUCUACCACCUCACACUACUACUAUAUACAUAUAGACCAGGUAAGACUAUAGGCUACCAUCUACCACCUCACACUACUACUAUAUACAUAUAGACCAGGUAAGACUAUAGACUACCAUCUACCACCUCACACUACUACUAUAUACAUAUAGACCAGGUAAGACUAUAGGCUACCAUCUACCACCUCACACCACUACUAUAUACAUAUAGACCAGGUAAGACUAUAGACUACCAGCUACCACCUCACACUACUACUAUAUACAUAUAGACCAGGUAAGACUAUAGGCUACCAUCUACCACCUCACACCACUACUAUAUACAUAUAGACCAGACUAUAGACUACCAUCUACCACCUCACACUACUACUAUAUACAUAUAGACCAGGUAAGACUAUAGACUACCAUCUACCACCUCACACUACUACUAUAUACAUAUAGACCAGGUAAGACUAUAGACUACCAUCUACCACACCUCACACUACUACUAUAUACAUAUAGACCAGGUAAGACUAUAGGCUACCAUCUACCACCUCACACUACUACUAUAUACAUAUAGACCAGACUAUAGACUACCAUCUACCACCUCACACUACUACUAUAUACAUAUAGACCAGGUAAGACUAUAGACUACCAUCUACCACACCUCACACUACUACUAUAUACAUAUAGACCAGGUAAGACUAUAGGCUACCAUCUACCACCUCACACUACUACUAUAUACAUAUAGACCAGGUAAGACUAUAGGCUACCAUCUACCACCUCACACUACUACUAUAUACAUAUAGACCAGACUAUAGACUACCAUCUACCACCUCACACUACUACUAUAUACAUAUAGACCAGACUAUAGACUACCAUCUACCACCUCACACUACUACUAUAUACAUAUAGACCAGGUAAGACUAUAGGCUACCAUCUACCACCUCACACUACUACUAUAUACAUAUAGACCAGGUAAGACUAUAGACUACCAUCUACCACACCUCACACUACUACUAUAUACAUAUAGACCAGGUAAGACUAUAGGCUACCAUCUACCACCUCACACUACUACUAUAUACAUAUAGACCAGGUAAGACUAUAGACUACCAUCUACCACCUCACACUACUACUAUAUACAUAUAGACCAGGUAAGACUAAGCUACCAUCUACCACCUCACACCACUACUAUAUACAUAUAGACCAGCUAUAGACUAUACACUACCACCUCACACACUACUAUAUACAUAUAGACCAGGUAAGACUAUAGGCUACCAUCUACCACCUCACACCACUACUAUAUACAUAUAGACCAGGUAAGACUAUAGGCUACCAUCUACCACCUCACACUACUACUAUAUACAUAUAGACCAGUAAAUAGACUACCAUCUACCACCUCACACUACUACUAUAUCAAUAGACCAGACUAUAGACUCCAUCUACCACCUCACACUACUACUAUACAUAUAGACCAGGUAAGACUAUAGACUACCAUCUACCACCUCACAUACUACUAUAUACAUAGACCAGGUAAGACUAUAGACUACCAUCUACCACCUCACACUACUACUAUAUACAUAUAGACCAGACUAUAGACUACCAUCUACCACCUCACCUCUACUCAUUAGACCAGGUAAGACUAUAGACUACCACUCCACUACACUAUAUACAUAUAGACCAGGUAAGACUAUAGACUACCAUCUACCCUCACACUACACCUAUAGACAGCUAUAACUACCAGCUACACACCUCACCUACUACAUAUACAUAUAGACCAGGUAAGACUAAGCUACUCUCACCCACACUACUACUAAUACCCAGACUAUAGACCCAGCUACCACACCUCCACGACUACAUAUCAUAUAACCGGGACUAAGCACAUCUACACCCCACUACUACUACAUAUAGACCAGACUAUAACUACAUCUACCACCUCACACUACUACUACAUAUACAGUGAGGGAAAAAAAGUCAUUUGAUCCCCUGCUUAUUUUGUACGUUUGCCCACUGACAAAGAAAUGAUAAGUCUAUAAUUUUAAUGGUAGGUUUAUUUAAACAGUGAGAGACAGAAUAACAACAAAAAACUCUGAUUUGAAUUUUAAUGAGGGAAAUAAGUAUUUCACCCCCUCUCAAUCAGAAAGAUUUCUGGCUCCCAGUUGUCUUUUAUACAGGUAACGAGCUGAGAUUAGGAACACACUCUUAAAGGGAGUGCUCAUAAUCUCAGUUUGUUACCUGUAUAAAAGACACCUGUCCACAGAAGCAAUCAAUCAAUCAGAUUCCAAACUCUCCACCAUGGCCAAGACCAAAGAGCUCUCCAAGGAUGUCAGGGACAAGAUUGUAGACCUACACAAGGCUGGAAUGGGCUACAAGACCAUCGCCAAGCAGCUUGGUGAGAAGGUGACAACAGUUGGUGCGAUUAUUCGCAAAUGGAAGAAACACAAAAGAACUGUCAAUCUCCCUCGGGCCUGGGGCUCCAUGCAAGAUCUCACCUCGUGGAGUUGCAAUGAUCAUGAGAACAGUGAGGAAUCAGCCCAGAACUACACGGGAGGAUCUUGUCAAUGAUCUCAAGGCAGCUGGGACCAUAGUCACCAAGAAAACAAUUGGUAACACACUACGCCAUGAAGGACUGAAAUCCUGCAGCGCCCGCAAGGUCCCCCUGCUCAAGAAAGCACAUAUACAGGCCCGUCUGAAGUUUGCCAAUGAACAUCUGAAUGAUUCAGAGGAGAACUGGGUGAAAGUGUUGUGGUCAGAUGAGACCAAAAUGGAGCUCUUUGGCAUCAACUCAACUCGCCGUGUUUGGAGGAGGAGGAAUGCUACCUAUGACCCCAAGAACACCAACCCCACCGUCAAACAUGGAGGUGGAAACAUUAUGCUUUGGGGGUGUUUUUCUGCUAAGGGGACAGGACAACUUCACUGCAUCAAAAGGACGAUGGACGGGGCCAUGUACCGUCAAAUCUUGGGUGAGAACCUCCUUCCCUCAGCCACGGCAUUGAAAAUGGGUUGUGGAUGGGUAUUCGAGCAUGACAAUGACCCAAAACACACGGCCAAGGCAACAAAGGAGUGGCUCAAGAAGAAGCACAUUAAGGUCCUGGAGAGGCCUAGCCAGUCUCCAGACCUUAAUCCCAUAGAAAAUCUGUGGAGGGAGCUGAAGGUUCGAGUUGCCAAACGUCAGGCUCGAAACCUUUAAUGACUUGGAGAAGAUCUGUAAAGAGGAGUGGAACAAAAUCCCUCCUGAGAUGUGUGCAAACCUGGUGGCCAACUACAAGAAAUGUCUGACCUCUGUGAUUGCCAGUACUAAGUACUAAGUCAUGUUUUGCAGAGGGGUCAAAAACGUAUUUCCCUCAUUAAAAUGCAAAUCAAUUUAUAACAUUUUUGACAUACGUUUUUCUGGAUUAUUUUGUUGUUAUUCUGUCUCUCAAUGUUCAAAUAAACCUACCAUUAAAAUUAUAGACUGAUCGUGUCUUUGUCAGUGGGCAAACGUACAAAAUCAGCAGGGGAUCAAAUACUUUUUUCCCUCACUGUACAUGUAGACCAGGUAUGAUACACCCUUUAUAACCCACCAUAAAUCACUUUAAAAUCACAAUAAACUGCCUGCCCUUGCACCACUGUGAAGUACUUUUACUCAUCAAUGUAGACAAGGUCCUGUAAACCAGUACAAUCCACCUUAGACUAAAUACCACCACUGCCUCUACUACUUCCAGUACAUUUACAUACUGUAGGCCAGUGCAGGCACCUAACAUUAGAAGAUUGCCUGCGUAAAUCAAUUGUUUUUUAAAUACAACCAUUCCCUUAGCUCUAUCAACUGAUAACCCAGAGGAGAGACUAAUGGUGGCAUUUACCCGAGACCAGGGCUCUCCAACCCUGUUCCUGGAGAGCCACCCUCCUGUAGGUUUUUACUGGUUCAGCUUUUCAAGCAGCUAAUUAAUAGAAUCAGGCACGGCAGGAUUAGGCGGCCUCCUAUGACAGCAGAUUGACGAGGGCUGCGGUUUCUGAGCUUAACUGACCAAGACUCACCUCCAACAACAACACAUAAAACCUCACAAAAAAACAGUGACAAUUUCUCUCAACCAGUGGCAUAUGGGCUUUUUAGGUGAGCGCUGAUGCCGCCCUUUGAUAAGCAGCGGCCACUUUGUCACAGGAAGGGGAGCAAAAUAUUUUGCUUGUCCAUUCCCACUGCGCCUCUCCAGCGUGCUGUUGGAGAGACGCAUCUCUGCAGCGCUCCAACAACGUUCCGUCAAAACAAUUAUCUAACAUAAAUCAUGUAGCAGAUAUAGAAUAUGGUAGAAAGAGAAUGUAGCCUUCUAUAGCCUACAGGCUGGAGAUAAAAUGUAUGACAAUGUAAUGAAACUGACACUUUUUACAUCAUGCAUGACAGCUCAUUUUACAUCAUGUUUCUCCGAUCAAAUAGCCUAACCUAAAUGGCGCUCAAUCAAAUAAAAAAAGAGCUGUCAUGUUAACAAACAACAUAUCCUAAAAACAGGACAGGUCAAAGUAAGAUGGACAAUAUGAAAUGGACAAUCACAACUGUUGUACAGGAGUUUCACCCCAUUGUCAUGAUCAGUGGUUUCAAGUUUGUAUCCGUCAAUUUUUGACAAGCUGAUCAUAGCAGAAAAAAAUACUUCUCCAUUUCCCGCUGUGUAAACGCAUUGCAAAUAGGUUCGUGAUAACUCCUGAUAAAGUUGGGAAGCUACUAGCUGAUAUUCAGAGCUUAAAUAGCCAAAUUGAUUAGUCACAGGAAUCAGGACUAAUAAAGCCAAUGCAAUGGCCUGUUUUACAAAUGGUGGCCUACCACAUGGAUGGGCAUUCAUAAAAUUCCAUUGUUGGCUGAUGUAGUAGGCUACACCCCAGUAAGCACGAGCCGACGUCUUUUGGACGUCUUUUUUUGGUUCUGUCCGGACAACGUUUUUUGGUGUUUUACAAACGGUAGGCUUACCACAUAGAUGGGCAUUCAUGAAAUUCAAUUUCAGACAACACUGUAGGCUACACCACAGUAAACAUAGACCGACGCCGACGUCUUCUUGAUUUCCACAUCCACAGACUUUGGUUUUUGGUCCGGUCCGGAUCACCAAUCAUAGACGUCAAGGACCGGCCCUGGAAUCAGGUGUGCUAGAUUGGGGUUGGAGUGAAAACCUACAGGACGGUAGCUCUCCAGGAACAGGGUUGGAGAGCCCUGGUCUAUACCCUUAUCCUAUACGUAGGAUAUUGUCUUAAACCAGGGGUGUCAAACUCAUUCCAUGGAGGGCCUAGUGUCUGCUGGUUUUUUGAUUUUCCUUUCAAGUAAGACCUACAUAACCAGGUGAGGGGAGUUCCUUACUAAUCAGUGACCUUAAUUCAUCAAUCAAGUCCAAGGGUGGAGCAAAAACCUGCAGACACUCAGCCCUCCGUGGAAUGAGUUUGACACAUGUUUUAAACUCUUCCUCUUCUCUCCCCCUCCAGCGUUCCAAUUACCUCCACAGACAGGUGCAGGCCCUGGCCUCCCAGUACCCCAACGUGAGGGUGACGCCCUGGAGGAUGGCUACCAUCUGGGGCGGUGCCAGCCUGCUCACAAUGUACCUCCGCAGCAUGGCAGACCUCAUCACCAUGACCGACUGGAGCUGGGACUUCUUCAUCAACCUCAGCGCUGCAGACUACCCCAUCAGGUGACUGGGGUGGAGGUGACAGGGGGGUAGAGGUUAGCAGUAUGUCAGACCUGAUCACCAUGACCGACUGGAGCUGGGACUUCUUAAUUAACGUCAGGGUCCCACGUGACUUGGGUGGAGGGGCAAGGUUUUCCAGAUAGUUGACCUACUGUGCAUUGGGAAAUUAUUCAGACCCCUUGACUUUUUCCACAUUUUGUUACGUUACAGCCUUAUUCUAUUUCCCUGAUCAAUCUACACACAAUACCCCAUAAUGAAAAAGCAAAAACAGGUUUUUAGAAAUUUUUGCAAAUGUAUUAAAAAUAAACAACUUAAAUUUUACAUUUACAUAAGUAUUCAGACCCUUUACUCAGUACUUUGUUGAAGAACCUUUGGCAGCGAUUACAGCCUCGAGUCUUCUUGGGUAUGACACUACAAGCUUGACACACCUGUAUUUGGGGAGUUUUUCCCAUUCUUCUCUGCAAAGCCUCUCUGUCAGGUGGGAGUGUCGCUGCACAGCUAUUUUGAGGUCUCUCCAGAGAUGUUCGAUUGGGUUCAAGUCCGGGCUCUGGCUGGGCCACUCAAGAACAUUCAGAGACUUGUCCUGAAGCCACUCCUGCUUCGGCCCAGUCUGAGGUCCUGAGCACUUCAUCUUUCCCUUGAUCCUGACUAGUCUCCAAGUCCCUGCCACUGAAAAACAUCCCCACAGCAUGAUGCUGGCACCAUCAUGGUUCAUCGUAGGGAUGGUGCCGGUUUUCCUCCAGAUGUGACGCUUGGCAUUCAGGCCAAAGAGUUCAAUCUUGGUUUCAUCAGACCAGAGAAUCUUGUUUCUCAUGGUCUGAGAGUCCUUUAGGUGCCUUUUGGCAAACUCCAAGCGGGCUGUCAUGUGCCUUUUACUGAGGAGUGGCUUCUGUCUGGCCACUCUACCAUAAAGGCCUGAUUGGUGGAAUGCUGCAGAGAUGGUUGCCCUUCUAGAAGGUUCUCCCAUAUCCACAGAGGAACUCUGGAGCUCUGUCAGAGUGACCAUUGGGUUCUUGGUCACCUCCCUGACCAAGGCCCUUCUCCUCCGAUUGCUCAGUUUUGCCGGGCGGCCAGCUUUAGGAAGAAUCUUGGUGGUUCCAAACUUCUUCCAUUUAAGAAUGAUGGAGGCCACUGUGUUUUUGGGGACCUUCAAUGCUGCAGACAUUUUUUGGUACCCUUCCCCAGAUCUGUGCCUCGACACAAUCCUGUCUCGGAACUCUACGGACAAUUCCUUUCAUGGCUUGGUUUUUGCUCUGACAUGCAUUGUCAACUGUGGGACCUUAUAUAGACAGGUGUGUGUUUUUCCAAAUCAUGUCCAAUCAAUUGAAUUUACAACAGGUGGACUCCAAUCAAGUUGUAGAAACAUUCAAGAAUGAUCAAUGGAAACAGGAUGCACCUGAGCUCAAUAUCAAGUCUCAUAGCAAAGGGUCUGAUGUAUAUAAGGUAUUUCUGUUUUUUAUUUGUAAUAAAUUAGCAAGCAUUUCUACAAACCUGUUUUCACUUUGUCAUUAUGGGGUAUCAUGUGUAGAUUGAUGAGGACAUUUUGUUAUUUAAUCAAUUUUAGAAUAAGGCUGUAACGUAACAAAAUGUGGAAAAAGGGAAGGGGUCUGAAUACUUUCCGAAUGCUCUGUAUAUAUUUAAGUACGGAAGUAGCAGCAGCUGUGUUGACAGCAAUUGGUUUUACUGGAACGUCUUGGGCCUCUUCUCCUUCGAAACAGUCAAGUUGUUUAGGGGUGAGUGGCCAGGAGUCAGACAGAGAGGAAAUACUACUUCACAUGCUCACUUCUCUGUUUGACCUGACAUGAAAUUACUCUGAACACUUUGAACACCAGUUUGGUCAUAUGGAUAAAAAAUAUUGAGAGAUUCUACUGAUAGUCCUUUGUUGUGUAAUUAUAAUUUACAGUUUAUACACUCUUUAAAAUGAGCCAUUAUGAAGAGAUGCAAACAGUACUAAAAGUCUGAAUGGCUAUCAGACAGUAGACACACACGGCUAUAUAACCCCAUAGGCCCUCGAGGAAUCCAUACAGUCACAAUCACUAUACAAUCACUGCAGACUUACAACAAAGACCCUAGCUAAAAAACUUAAAUAGAUCAAUUACAGUAGAUCUCCGGUUCUUCUUAAGGUGAUUACUCAUUUGUUCUCCCCGAAUUCCAAUCCCUGUCCUGGCUUACUUACUCAGUUGAAUAGGUUACAUGGUGAACUGAUUACAUGUUAAUUGCCCCUUGGUCAAUAUGUAUUGACUUCCCAACAGGUGGUUAGUGUGUGUGUGUUUGUGUGUGUUUGGCACCGCCCCAGAUGGUAGCCAUCCUCCAGGGGGUCACCCUCACGUUGAGGUACUGGGAGGCCAGGGCCUGCACCUGUCUGUGGAGGUAGUUGGAACGCUGGAGGCGGAGAGAAGAGGAAGAGUUUAAAAUGUGUCUGACUCAUUCCACCGAGGGCUGAGUGCCACACGUACACACCCUUGUGAACCUGUAGGGCCUCAGGGUCUGCUGGUAGGUUUGUGAUGUGGAUCCACACAUUAGUCCCUCAUAGACUUCUAUCACAUACAGUGGCAAGAAAAUGUAUGUGAACCCUUUGGAAUUACCUGGAUUUCUGCAUAAAUUGGUCAUAAAAUGUGAUCUGAUCUUCAUCUAAGUCACCACAAUAGACAGACACAGUCUGCUUAAACUAAUAACACACAAACAAUCAUACGUUUUCAUGUCUUUAUUGAACACACUGUGUAAACAUUCACAGUGCAGGGUGGGAAAAGUAUGUGAACCCUUGGAUUUAACAAAUGGUUGACCCUCCUUUGGCAGCAAUAACUUCAACCAAAUGUUUUCUGUAGUUGCAGAUCAGACCUGCACAACGGUCAGGAGGAAUUUUGGUCCAUUCCACUUUACAAAACUGUUUCAGUUCAGCAAUAUCCUUGGCAUGUCUGGUGUGAACCGCUCUCUUGAGGUCAUGCCACAGCAUCUGAAUGGGGUUGAGGUCAGGACUCUGACUGGGCCACUCCAGAAGGCGUACAUUCUGUUGUUGAUUUACUUCUGUGUUUUGGGUCAUUGUCCUGUUGCAUCACCCAACUUCUGUUGAGCUUCAAUUGGUGGACAGAUAGCCUUACAUUCCCCUGCAAAAUGUCUUGAUAAACUUUUUUCCGUUGAUGACGGUCAAUCCUAGGGAGAGUAGCAACAGUGCUGAACUUUCUCCAUUUAUAGACAAUUUGUCUUACCGUGGACUGAUGAACAUCAAGACUUUUAGAGAUACUUUUGUAACCCUUCCAGCAAGUCAACAAUUCUUAAUCUUAGGUGUUCUGAGAUCUGUUUUGUUCAAGGCAUGGUUCACAUCAGGCAAUGCUUCUUGUGAAUAGCAAACUCAAAUUUUGUGAGUGUUUUUUAUAGGGCAGGGCAGCUCUAACCAACAUCUCCAAUCUCGUCUCAUUGAUUGGACUCCAGGUUAGCUGGAGAAGCCAUUUAGCUUUUGGAGAAGCCAUUAGCCUAGGGGUUCACAUACUUUUUCCAACCUACACUGUGAAUGUUUAAAUGAUGUAUUCAAUAUAGACAAGGAAAAUAUAAUAAUUUGUGUGUUAUUAGUUUAAGCACACUGUGUUUGUCUAUUGUGGUGACUUAGAUGAAGAUCAGAUCACAUUUUAUGACCAAUUAAUGCAGAAAUCCAGGUAAUUCCAAAGGGUUCACAUACUUUUUCUUGCCACUGUACUUGCCCCAGAUGGCCACCAGUAGCUGAAAUCGCCAUUGUGAAAAAGGAAACUGGACCUUGUGUGUCCAACACCUGGAGCUAAAAUGGAAGGUAUAAAGAAAGUGUGUUGUUUCAUAGUCCAACACGUGUGUUUGGUUUAUAUACACAGGCUCAGGAGACACCCUGUCUUCAUUCACCCUGUCAGGGAAAUGUUCAGGGACAUAUUUAUGUUUCCGAAAGAGCGUACUUUUAGUCUGUUGCCAUGUGGAUAUGUGCUUGUCUUAGAUAUUAUGGGAUAGUGUGAGAACAGGGAGAAUAGUUCUGAUUUUGAUGUUCGAUUAUAAAAGUGAUAGUAUCUGUCUGUCUUUUUGUCUGUCUGUCUGUCUAUGUGCGCUCAAGUGUAUGUGUGUGCGCCUGUGCGCCCGUGUGUGUGUGUGCGUGUGUGUGUGUGUGCAUAAUGCCGUUGUGUAUGCCUGUGUUUGCAUAAUGUGGGUGUACGCUUGCGUCUGUCACUGUGUGAGUGAAUGUGUUUGUGGUGUGCUGAUGAGCUGUUUCUUUCUUCCUGUCUGUCUCCUCUUCUUCUCUUCAUUUGCAUGGCGGUGAUGUGGUGGAGGAAAGGGCUGACACUGGAGGUUUUUAUAGGCCCAUCUGAAGAGAGAUGGAGGGAGAGGGAGUGAAAGAAGAGAGUGAAUAAGAGAAGGGGAAAGAGAGGGGAGGUUACAUGUUGGCAUAGCAUACAGUAAUAGUAUAUAUUUAUAAUAUGUAAUAGUAUAUACUUGCAUUGCAAAAGCUUUUUUGGACCACUUCUUGGAUUUGACUCAAGUUUCUUCAUUUAGACAAUAUUUACAUACUUUAACCCACAACACACUGAUCAUCAGUCCACUCCCUCAAUCCACUCCCGCUCAUCUACAAGGCCGUAUAGUGAUACAAUCAAAAAAGAAGGAAGAAGAAAGCUCUGUGACAAACUAUACUUGCCUUGCACAGCCCUCUUCAAUUCAGUUCAAUUCAACUGUCAUGCGAGUGUAGAAUGAAGCCAACCAGUCUAUGCUACAGUCAUAGUACCUCACUAAAAGAAUAACCAGGGUAUGCUAGAGUCAUAGUACCUCACUAAAAGAAUAACCAGGGUAUGCUACAGUCAUAGUACCUCACUAAAAGAAUAACCAGGCUAUGCUACAGUCAUAGUACCUCACUAAAAGAAUAACCAGGCUAUGCUAGAGUCAUAGUACCACACUAAAAUAAUAACCAGGCUAUGAUCCACCCUAUGGUCAUCUUCUCCACUGAUACUGUAUAAGGAAUGAAGGGACAGUCCCUACAGUAUGCUACAGCCAUACAGCACCAAUGCUAUAAGGAAUGCAGGGUUAGGUCCGGUGCUACUGAGAGAGACAGGCAUUAUUCCUAUGAUCCACCCUAUGGCCACAGGCUCCACUGCUACAGUAUAAGGAAUGCAGGGUUAGGCUUGGUGCUGGUGCCAUCAGUAGGCUGGAGGAGAGAGACAGGCAUUAUUCCCUGUCUAAUUCUCUGAUGAUGUCCUCCCGUCCACAUGGAUGAGCCUGAAAGGCCCAGCCCAAAUACCCUCUCCCCCUCGUCCCAGCGGUGGUGUCUGUGUGUCUGCCCGGUGGGCUGCAAUGGAGGGAUGGAGGAGGGAGGGAUGGGUUACAUGGUUGUUUUGUCCCAGAGCGAGGAUCUCUUUCCAGGCUUUUCUCUUCUUCAAGACAGGCAGUGUUGUCUUGCUUCUAUCCUCUUUUCUAACCUCCUGCUUUAAUAAAGACUAUCCAGCUGCUUUAAUAAAGACUAUCCAGCUGCAUCACUAAAGACUAUCCCGCUGCUUUACUAAAGACUAUUCCGCUGCUUUACUAAAGACUAUCCAGCUGCUUCACUAAAGACUAUCCAGCUGCUUCACUAAAUACUAUCCAGCUGCUUUAAUAAAGACUAUCCAGCUGCUUUACUAAAGACUAUCCAGCUGCUUCAAUAAAGACUACCCAGCUGCUUCUCUAAAGACUAUCCAGCUGCUUCACUAAAGACUAUCCAGCCGCUUUACUAAAGACUAUCCAGCUGCUUUACUGAAGACUAUCCAGCUACUUUAGUAAAUACUAUCCAGCUGCUUUAAUAAAGACUAUCCAGCUGCUUUAAUAAAUACUAUAUAGCUUUCACUAAAGAAUAUCCAGCUGCUUUACUAAAGACUAUCCAGCUGCUUUACUAAAAACUAUCCAGCUGCUUCACCAAAGACUAUCCAGCUGCUUUACUAAAGGCUAUCCAGCUGCUUUACUAAAGACUAUCCAGCUGCUUUACUAAAGAAUAUCCAGCUGCUUUACUAAAGACUAUACAGCUGCUUCACUAAAAUCUAUCCAGCUGCUUCACCAAAGACUAUCCAGCUGCUUUACUAAAGAAUAUCCAGCUGCUUUACUAAAGACUAUCUAGUUGCUUUACUAAAAACUAUCCAGCUGCUUUACUAAAGACUAUGAUAUGGGCUUGGCUGGUGAUUCUGUGGUACUGGCUUGGGUGGCAGUGUGUGUGAAUGCCAUCCAGCCAGACACAUAGUGACAGAGAGACGAGAGGGCACCCUUGGGUAGACAGUCAGUCAGCAAACCAACCAGACCCACUGGACAGACUGGGGACCACUCAGGCACAAUGACACAACUCUGGCAAAUUUAUGCUGUGACCUCGAUUUCCCCCGCUGUGCUGUGCUCUGUGUGUGUGUUGUCUGUGUUUGUGUGUGUGUGUGUGUGUGUGUCCCACUACAUCUGCUAAGGAAAGCCUUGGGGCUGUGAAAUUGCUCCUUCAUCAGUAAAUGGCAUUAAUAUGCGUUCCUUCAGCCUGCGCUAGCCCAGCUUUGUUAGGAGAGUUUAGGCUCUUUUAGAAAGGAAAACUGAGCUGUCAUCUAAAGGUCCAGACAGCCUACCCCCUACCCUGCUUUACACCAUGCAGAUAUCUGUAUUGUUGAGAAUACCUUUACUGUGGCAAUGAUGUCUUGCACUGCAGAGGAGAAGCCUUUAGCCUGGAUGGGCUACCUAGAAAGGGUUUGACUCGACUGGACUACUGUAUUGUAUAGUGCCUGUGGGGUUGGUUAUUGAGCCAACUGCUACAUGGAUGUUAUGUUUACUGUCUUACUACUUAGGGUCAGUAGUUUUCCUGACCAACUGACCUGGAAAACCCUGGCCCCUAGUGAUAGUGUAUAGUUAAAUAAUAAAUGAUCAAAUGUUCUGUUAAAGCAAUAGUUCACCCCAAAAUCAAACUGAGCAUAAAAGUGAGUGGUGGUUGUAUGAGUGAGAGUCCAAGAAAAUGGCUGGCAUACUUAGAUUUUUAUAGGGAACUAUCCCUUUAACAAAUAUAUCUUUGUAUCCUUGACAACCCUUGAAAAGUGAUGACCGAGAAAAGCUGUUCUAUUGCCCUUUCAUAUGGCAUAUGGUUUCUACCUCUCUCUCUUUGAUUGGUUGGUAAUUAUGAACUUCCUGGCUGUCGUUUCCACUGAUUGGUUGGUUUCUAAUUAUCUCUUCCUGGUUGUUGUUGACAGGACCAACAGCCAGCUGGUGGCCUUCCUGUCCAAGUACAGAGACAUGAACUUCAUCAAGUCCCACGGCAGAGACAACGCCAGGUGAGAUCUAACACGCACACACACUGAAAAAUACACACCCACGUACAGGUGGUCCUCUGUAGCUCAGCUGGUAGAGCACGGCGCUUGUAACGCCAAGGUAGUGGGUUCGAUCCCCGGGACCAUCCAUACACAAAAAAUGUAGGCACGCAUGACUGUAAGUUGCUUUGGAUAAAAGCGUCUGCUAAAUGGCAUAUUAUUAUAGGUGCACGUACACACACACACACACACACACACACACACUAGCAUGAUACAGACACAUUAAAACAUGUUCACUCAUUUUUAUUCUCAUUCUCACACACCAGUGGCGGACGGUGCCGUUUAAGAUGAGGGAGAACGAUUCUUUUUUUAAUGAGCAUGGCCUUAUUUCUAUUACAGCAUAUUGGAUGACUGUCAUUCAUAUUCCACUCACCUAGUUCAAUGUAACAGCAAUAGGUUUAGGUUACUACAUGAUACUCGAAUUGUCCCUAUACCCAUCAUGAGGUUGCUACAACCUAGCCUAUGAAUAAAAGUUUUCAACGUAGGUGCACAGGUCGAGAGAGAAGUUUGAGUAAUCAAGGCGACAGACAGUGACACAUUCAAUACAGCCUUGCAUACUCUUGCCUGCAUCUAGCUGAUCUAGGGUGUAAUCAUUAGUCCAACAGUUGCAAACGAGAGUUUCUAUUGGACAAAUUCAGGUAACGUUUUUAAACAGAAUCGGUUCACUUUCAUAGCAGCCACAUACAAACAGAAUCGGUUCACUUUCGUAGCAGCCACAUACAAACAGCAUGAUCACUUCCUUCUCGUAUCUACACCCUCUCAUCCUCUCACCUUUUCCCUUCGCUUGUGAAAACAGUGUGUUUUAAUAAAUUAUUUGGUGACGUGAAUAUAUUUAGUAUAGUUUUAUCUAAAAAGGAUCACUUUUAAUGUUUCACUAUUUGUAUUUUUAUGAAAUUCACUGAGGAGGAUGGUCCUCCCUUUCCUCCUCUGAGGAGCCUCCACUGUCACACACACACACACACACACACACACACACACACACACACACACACACACACACACACACACACACACACCCUCCUUGCCCCAGCUCGGUGACUGAGUCAUAAUCCAAUUAGGCUCCAUCUGUAGCUUUAUUAAUUAACCUUCCCUUGUUGCCGUGGCGAGGUGCUGCCUGCCAGCCCUGUCCCCAACCCGCUCCAUGCCAUAUCACGCUACUUAAUGACAUGCACGUGCGUGCGUGCGUGCGUGCGUGCGUGCGUGUGUGCGUGUGUGUGUGCCAGGGGUUAGAUGGGCUUGACUGAAUAAAACCACUACUGGCAUGAGAUAGGAUGGAUAGUGGAUUAAUGAAGGUUGUUCCUAUAUAGCUGUUUCUAUAGGAAUCAAAUGGAGGUGUAUAUAGGUUAUACAACUUUGUUUCUGUUUGGAUAGCAGCUGGCUUUAAUACCUUCAAGGACUGAGUGAAACAGUUGUCUGUUUGACCUGAAUUUGACACCUACUGCAACACUUGGUGCUUUCACAUGAGUCACACAUUGUUAGUGUUUGAGGGAAACAUAUAUAGGAUGUGACUCUCUCUCUAUGCUCUCUCAAUGCUACUGGGAGAGUAUACUGAGUGGAUACUGGAAAGUGGAAUUGGUGAACAUCGAACAUACAUGUUUUCCAAGCAGAACAUAUACUAACCACUAGGCUAUAUGGAACUUUAAAAUGUUUGUAAAUGUUUAUAAACAUGUCACCACAGAGAGUUUUUGUAUGCAUUUUUGAAUACAGCAGCUGUCAGAGAUGGACUAUGUUGCCAUACAAGGCUUUUUUGACCUUGCUUUCUCCCAGUCUCUGGAAAAAGAGGUUCCUCAAGAGACCAUCUGGUUAAAUAAAGGACAAAUAAAGCAAAAAUAUGUUUAUAUAAGUGAGUGUAUAGUUGAGUGUAACAUAAGUUUAUAUAAGUUAGUGGUUGUGUGUAAAAGAAACAAACUUAACCAUGGUUGUGUGUUCAUGUGUUUGUGGUCGCUAUAGGUUUAACCAUGGUUGUGUGUUUGUGGUCGCUAUAGGUUUAACCAUGGUUGUGUGUUUGUGGUUGCUAUAGGUUUAACCAUGGUUGUGUGUUUAUUGGCGCUAUAGGUUUAACCAUGGUUGUGUGUUUGUGUGUUUGUGGUCGCUAUAGGUUUAACCAUGGUUGUGUGUUUGUGGUCGCUAUGGGUUUAACCAUGGUUGUGUGUUUGUGGUCGCUAUAGGUUUAACCAUGGUUGUGUGUUUGUGGUCGCUAUAGGUUUAACCAUGGUUGUGUGUUUGUGGUCGCUAUGGGUUUAACCAUGGUUGUGUGUUUGUGGUCGCUAUGGGUUUAACCAUGGUUGUGUGUUUGUGGUCGCUAUAGGUUUAACCAUGGUUGUGUGUUCGUGGUCGCUAUGGGUUUAACCAUGGUUGUGUGUUCGUGGUCGCUAUAGGUUUACCAUGGUUGUGUGUUUGUGGUCGCUAUAGGUUUAACCAUGGUUGUGUGUUUGUGGUCGCUAUAGGUUUAACCAUGGUUGUGUGUUUGUGGUCGCUAUGGGUUUAACCAUGGUUGUGUGUUUGUGGUCGCUAUGGGUUUAACCAUGGUUGUGUGUUCGUGUGUUUGUGGUCGCUAUAGGUUUAACCAUGGUUGUGUGUUUUUGGUCAACCAGGUUUAUCCGCAAACAAGGUCUGGACCGGCUUUUCUUCGAGUGCGACACCCACAUGUGGCGACUGGGCGACCGUAAAAUCCCAGAAGGCAUUUCUGUGGACGGCGGUUCUGAUUGGUUCCUGCUCAAUCGUGCGUUCGUGGAGUACGUUAUAAAAUCCCAAGACGACCUGGUCAUCAACAUGAAGCGCUUCUAUACCUACACACUGCUGCCCGCUGAGGUAAGAACACACACACACACACCUAUAUACUUCUGCUCACUGAGGUAAACACACACACACACACCUACACACUGCUGCCCGCUGAGGUAAGAACACACACACACACACCUACACACUGCUGCCCGCUGAGGUAAGAACACACACACACACCUAUAUACUUCUGCUCGCUGAGGUAAACACACACACUUACACACACCAGUCCUAAGGACACUGCGUAAGGGCUUGGAGGAGAUGUUUUGAAAGUUAAAUAGAUGAAAAACUGGAGAUGUUUGUGGUUAAUUGUUACAGAUGUCCACGUCAUCCUUCAUUCUCUUCUCUUCCACCUACACUACACUUCAGUGCAGGAAGGUGAAGUUAUAGAUUCUGACGCCCACUCUCUGUUUUCUUCUCUCUCUCUCUCUCAGUCGUUCUUCCAUACGGUGCUGGAGAACAGUGCUCACUGUGAGAGCAUGGUGGACAACAACCUGCGCAUCACUAACUGGAACAGGAAGCUGGGCUGUAAGUGUCAGUACAAACACAUAGUGGACUGGUGCGGCUGCUCCCCCAACGACUUCAAACCUGCCGACUUCCACCGCUUCCAGGUGAGACAUGGUAUCACACACAUACACACACACACACACACGUACGUACAUACAUGUACACACACAAAACGUAUACACCCACAUAAACUUACAGUAUAAACACACAUCUCUUUCACAUAUUUCUCUCUCUCUCACGCAUGCACACAGACACACACACACACACACACACUUUUCUCUCUCUCUCAAACACACACACUUGAAUACAUCCAAAGUCAUAGUGCUGACCUAACUACUCUCUAUGCCAGCUUGCUGCCCUCUGCCUAGCCUACUGUCUCGCCCUGUUGGCUGCCAACCCUAAUGCCCAAUCCUGACUCUGUCUCUCUGUCUCUCCCUUGGAAUCCUGGCAUGACUGGAGCACACUGACAGUAUUAUUACAGUAUAAAAUGCCUGGGAACAGUGUGUGUGUGUGUGUGUGUGUGUGUGUGUGUGUAUGUGUGUGUGUGUGUGUGGUGUUUCAUUACAGUAUACAGAACACACUGGGCACAGUGCAGACCUCCUACCGCCUACCAGUCAGUCCACUGUAUUAAUAGGACUUAAUUAAUAUCCUAUUGAGUGUGGGUUUUCCACGCUCAGUAGGAUCCAGUAUAGAUUGACAGAGAGGCUAUAUUUAGGCUAGAAGCUGCACAUGCUUCAGAAUGACUGAGGAGGACUGUGUAGUAUCUAGUACUGGACAUGUAUCUAGUUCUAUCUGUGGUAUAGGAGUGGGUAUCUAGUACUGGACAUGUAUCUAGUUCUAUCUGUGGUAUAGGAGUGGGUAUCUAGUACUGGACAUGUAUCUAGUUCUAUCUGUGGUAUAGGAGUGGGUAUCUAGUACUGGACACGUAUCUAGUUCUAUCUGUGGUAUAGGAGUGGGUAUCUAGUACUGGACACGUAUCUAGUUCUAUCUGUGGUAUAGGAGUGGGUAUCUAGUACUGGACACGUAUCUAGUUUCUAUCUGUGGUAUAGGAGUGGGUAUCUAGUACUGGACCGUAUCUAGUUCUAUCUGGUGGUAUAGGAGUGGGUAUCUAGUACUGGAACACGUAUCUAGUUCUAUCUGUGGUAUAGGAGUGGGUGACUAGUACUGGACACGUAUCUAGUUCUAUCUGUGGUAUAGGAGUGGGUAUCUAGUACUGGACGUUCUAGUUCCUAAUCUGUGGUAUGAGUGGUAUCUAGUUACUGGAACACGUAUCUAGUUUCUAUCUGUGGUAUAGGAGUGGGUGACUAGUACUGGACACGUAUCUAGUUCUAUCUGUGGUAUAGGAGUAGGUAUCUAGUACUGGACACGUAUCUAGUUCUAUCUGUGGUAUAGGAGUGGGUGUCUAGUGCCCCUAUUAAUGGUUCUGUGUGGUGUGGAGGAGUGCUCUAGUAAGUCUGUGGGGGUUUUGUGUUGCUUAGGAAACGGACAGAUCAGUGAGGGGAAAAAAGGAGGAGAGAAAGAAAGAGGGUGGAGGAGAUGAGGUGAAAAAGUCUCACCUGUUACAGACAACAGAGAGAACCUUUCAUAGCUAGAUCUUGGACCUAGUCGCAAUCUUUCCACUCUCUGGUUUCUCUCACUUGAUGAACUGUACCUGUGAAAGUUGGGUUAAUAAAUUGUGUGAGGGGGCGGAAGAACCGCCGCCAAGUUCCACAGUUGCUGCCCUGGUGUGAGAAUGCCACCGGUUGCCAGAUAAGCCACGGGUUGCCAGGUCUGGUCCCUAUGGGCCGUCAUUAUCCCCCACACUAGGAAUUUACAGCAAGGUGCGCAGUACGGGAGGAGAUGAGGGUAAAUAGUUUCCCCUCCUUGUCUGAGGUGUAUGGAACUCAAAGGACUGGUUAUGAGUCUGCCAAGCAGCGGAGGCUGCUGAGAGAGUUCUCAUGAGCUACUGUCAACCACAGCAAGAAGCAAGGGAUAGAGAAAUAGGGGGAGAGAGAGAGACUGAGGGAAAGAGAGAGAAUGAGGGAAAGAGAGAGACUGAGGGAAAGAGAGAGACUGAGGGAGAGAGAGAGACUGAGGGAGAGAGAGAGAGAGAGAGAGAGAGAGAGAGAGAGAGAGAGAGAGAGAGAGAGAGAGAAACGGAGAGGCAGAGAGGCAGACAUAGAGAGAGAUAAAGGAAGACAGAGACAGAGACAAACGGAGAGAGAGAGAAUACCAUUAAUCAUAUCCUUCACCCUUCAUCCAUCCAUCAUCCUAACACCCCACACACACACACAGUGUUUUCCACAAGCACAUGGAGUAGCCAGCCAAAUAGACAAAGUACCCAGCCAUGCUCCCCAGGUCUGGGGGGGAUGGGUCGGUGUUAAGAUUAUUUUUGCCGAACAAGCUCUAUUUUAGUGGCCUCUGGUACAUUCUAAUGCUAGAUUGUAUUUUCAACCAGCAACUGUCAGGAAAUAACACUGAUAUUAAAAAAUAUAUAGGAUUUUACAGUGUUAGUUUCAUCAGCUGUUGUACAAUAUGAUAUAAAACACAGGAAAAACGUAAUGUUGCCUUCACUGAGCCUUUAAAGAAUCCUGUAAGAGUCUGCUGACUUCCACAGGCUUCGAGCUUCCUUUUAAGAGGUAUUCUCUCAGCUAUCUGUAAUAAAGGUAUGAUUGAAGAAUGAAGCAGGUGUUAAACAUGGGCUUUGCUACACAGAAAGGAGCAGUUGUCUACCCCAUUGUCAACACUUUGAUUAAAUCAAUAGACCUAUAUCAGUAUCUUUGAAAAUACCAUAUAAAAAUACCAUAUAAGUAUCAAUAGCUUUUAAAAUGAUUCAAUCUGUUUUCUUUAAUCAUAUUUUGGACCAGAGUGAGACUCUUUCUCCACUAACCUACCUAUUGUUCCUGCAGUGAGGAGGAUUCACUAUCACAUUUCAGGAGAAGACCCAGAUGCAGAUAGUGUCGAAGUAACAAACGUUUAUUACAAAAACAGGGGGAAGGCAAACGACAGGUCAAGGGCAGGCAGAGGUCAGUAAUCCAGAUCAGAGUCCAAAAGGUACAGAACGGCAGGCAGUCUCAGGGUCAGGGCAGGCAGAGGUCAAUUAUCCAGGGUGGUGGGACAAGGUACAGAACGGCAGGCAGGCUCAGGUUCAGGGCAGGCAGAAUGGUCAAAACCAGAAAACAGGAACUUGAGAAAGACAGGAGCAAGUGGAAAACCACUGGUAGGCUUGACGAAACAAAACGAACUGUCAACAGACAAACAGAGAACACAGGUAUAAAUACCCUGGGGAUAAUGGGGAAGAUGGGCGACACCUGGAGGGGGUGGAGACAAUCACAAAGACAGGUGAAACAGAUCAGGGUGUGACAAUUCACAAUCUUCAGCAAAUGUUUUCGUAAUUUAUCUGCAGAUCACCAAAAUGCCUACCAGUAGUAUGCAAAUUAGGGAACCAAAUGAACAGCUCUCUUAAGGAUGCAAUUUGGUAGGCUACUGACGAGUCCCUCACUUUAACGUCACUGUCUGACAAGUCCUGAUGGACUUCAUAUCAAAAAUACAAACGAGAUCUUUAGUUUACUUGUCUGGAUGUGAUACCAUGAACAUAUAACUACAUUGUAUGAUUUAUGAUUUAUGAAUGGCAAGGAUAAACACUACCGGUCAAAAGUUUUAGAACACCUACUCAUUCAAGGGUUUUUCUUUAUUUUUACUAUUUUCUACAUUGUAGAAUAAUAGUGAAGAUAUCAAAACUAUGAAAUAAUACAUAUAGAAUCAUGUAGUAACCAAAAAAGUGUUAAACAAAUCAAAAUAUAUUUUAAAUUUGAGAUUCUUCAAAGUAGCCACCCUUUGCCUUGAUGACACAUUUGCACACUCUUGGCAUUCUCUCAACCAGCUCCAGGAGUUAGUCACCUGGAAUGCAUUUCAAUUAACAGGUGUGCCUUCUUAAAAGUUAAUUUGUGGAAUUUCUUUCCUUCUUAAUGCGUUUGAGCCAAUCAGUUGUGUUGUGACAAGGUGUGUAUGUGUGUGUGGUAUACAGAAGAUAGCCCUAUUUGUGGCAAGAACAGCUCAAAUAAGCAAAGAGAAACGACAGUCCAUCAUUACUUUAAGACAUUAAGGUCAGUCAAUACGGAACAUUUCAAGAACCUUGAAAGUUUCUUCAAGUACAGUUGCAAAAACCAUCAAGCGCUAUGAUGAAACUGGCUAUCAUGAGGACCGCCACAGGAAUGGAAGACCCAGAGUUACUUCAGCUGCAGAGGAUAAGUUCAUUAGAGUUACCAGCCUCAGAAAUUGCAGCCCAAAUAAAUGCUUCAAGUAACAGACACAUCUCAACAUCAACUGUUCAGAGGAGACUGUGUGAAUCAGGCCUUCAUGGUCGGAUUGCUGCAAAGAAACCACUACUAAAGGACACCAAUAAGAAGAACAGACCUGCUUGGGCCAACAAACACGAGCAAUGGACAUUAGACUGGUGGAAAUUUGUCCUUUGGUCUGGAGUCCAAAUUUGAGAUUUUUGGUUCCAACCGCCGUGGCAUUGUGAGGCACGGUGUGGGUGAACGGAUUAUCUCCGCAUGUGUAUUUCCCACCAUAAAGCAUGGAGGAGGAGGUGUUAUGGUGUGGGGGUGCUUUGCUGGUGACACUGUCUGUGAUUUAUUUAGAAUUCAAGGCACACUUAACCAGCAUGGCUACCACAGCAUUCUGCAGCGAUACGCCAUCCCAUCUGGUUUGGGCUUAGUGGGACUAUCAUUUGUUUUUCAACAGGACAAUGACCCAACACACCUCCAGGCUGUGUAAGGGCUAUUUUACCAAGAAGGAGAGUUAUGGAGUGCGGCAUCAGAUGACCUGGCCUCCACAAUCCCCCGACCUCAACCAAACUGAGAUGGUUUGGGAUGAGUCGGACCGCAGAGUAAAGGAAAAGCAGCCAACAAGUGGUCAGCAUAUGUGGGAACUCCUUCAAGACUGUUGGAAAAGCAUUCCAGGUGAAGCUGGUUGAGAGAAUGCCAAGAGUGUGCAAAGCUGUCAUCAAGUCAAAGGGUGGCUAUUUGAAAAAUCUCAAAUCUCAAAUGUAUUUUGAUUUGUUUAACACUUUUUGGUUACUACAUGAUUCCAUAUGUGUUAUUUCAUAGUUUUGAUGUCGUCACUAUUAUUCUACAAUGUAAAAUAAAGAAAAACCCUUGAAUGAGUAGGUGUUCUAAAACUUUUGACCGGUAGUGUAUAUAUAAAAGUUGUCCAUUUCAGUAAGUGCCACCUACAGCCAUUCAAAGCCAUUUCAGUGGGCCAUAAGCAAAGUAGUGAAAUGCCUCUUAAAGUGGCACUCCUUGAUUUUCUAGCGAGGAAAGGGAUGCAUCUGAUCACCCACACAAACUUACACGCACACACACCCACACACUCUUACACUCUCUCACACACACACAUUCUCUCUCUCACAAACACACACACACACUUUCUCUAGCGAGGAACAACGAUGCGAUGCAUCUAAAAUUUUAAUCACAAAAACACUCCUUCGCUUGACAACAAGGCCCUAGUGGUGCAGACAGAGAGAGUUGUUUUUGUGAGAAUUCAGACUGACUCCUGAACGUUUUUAUUCUGUCUGUUGUCAUGGAAAGCGGCAUGCAGGGGAGAGAGAGAGAGAGAGAGAAGAGAGAGAGAGAGAGAGAGAGAGAGAGAGAUCUAGAGAGAGAGAGAGCGAUAGAUAUAUCCGAGUGAUAGCUAUAUCUCUACUGACGCUCUCGCUCUCUAGCUCUGCUCUCUAUUCUCGAGCCUUCCCUCUACAUGCUCUCGGCUUUAGAUUCUAUCUAGGUGUAAAUGUAGUCUCGUUUUUUUCUCCUGUGGAGUCCCUGGUGAUUCAGGAAGUACAAAGGGAACAGGAAGUCUUCUUCUGUGGUUUUGCCCUGUGUUUGAAAGAUGCGCCCAGCUCUGGUAGCUGACAGGGGGAAAGACACAGCCCUGAACUUAAUAAAGUCAUUUGUUUUUGCGUCAUGUGAGUGUGAGAGAGAGCGAGAGAGAGAGAGAGAAGAGAGAGAGAGCGAGGAGACUAGAGGAGAGAGAGAGCGAGUAGAGGAGAGAGAGGAGAUAGAGAGAUCUAGAUAGAGACAGAGACAUCAGAGAAACAUGACAGAUACAUAAGAGAGCGAGAGAACGAGAGAGAGAGAGAGAGAGAUAGAUAAUCCAGACAGAGAGAGAGAUGAACAGAGAGAGAUAAUGAGAGAGAGAGAUAGAGAAGCUGAGAGAUAGUAGAGAGUCCAAGAAGUACAAAGAGAACAGGAGUCAGAUGACAAAGAUGAGCCGGUAGACAGAGAAAGACAACCGACUUAAUAAGAGACAGAGACAGAGAGAGAGAGAGAGAGAGAGUAGAGAGAGGAGAGAGAGAGAGAGUAGAGAGAGAGAGAGAGAGAGAGAGAGAGAGAGAGAGAGAAGAGAUAGAGAGACGAAGAGACAGGACAGAGAGAGAGAGAGGAGAGAGAGAGACAGAGAGAGAGAGAGAGAGAGAGAGAGAGAGACAGAGAGAGACAGAGAGAGAGAGAGAGAGAGAGAGAGAGACGUGGGUACUGAGACAGUUUACCAGGGUGAUAUGACGUGGCAGUGUAUCUGCUUGUUUUGUUCUCUAUGUGGGAGAGAAUUUUAAAUCAAAGCUGUUCCUCACACAUGCACACACUCUCUCUCUCUUUCUCUCUAUCUCUCUCUCUCUCACAACCUCCCACUCACUUCCACUCCGUCUCCCAUUCCGCAGUCUUUCAAGCAACCAUUUCUUAAUCUUCUCUUUCUUUUUCUCUCCCCUCCUCUCCUACUCCCUCCAUUUCCUCCAGCAAACAACCCGGCCUACGUUCUUCGCCAGGAAGUUUGAAGCCAGUGUUAACCAGGAGAUCGUGAACCAACUGGAUGGCUACCUGUUUGGACCUAUGCCCCAGGGGACCCCUGGCCUCCAGGCCUACUGGGAGAGUGCGUUUGAUGAGGCGGACGGGGUCGCGACCCUGAGCGACACACAGCUCACACACUACCAUGCGUUUGCUCGUAUGGGCCUGGCCAGAGCGGCAGCCUCGCUGCAAGGAGAUCCUAAGGAUGACAGCUGCAGGUUAGUGAGCAGUAAGCAGUCCAGAUCACACACUGAACACAUGUACACACAUGCAUAUAACAUGCUAACAUGCACACACACACUGACACACGCACACACAGAAAUAGUAGUAUGCACACACAGACAAUGCAUGCACAGAUCAUGAAUGCACACACACACACACACACACACACACACACACACACACACACACUGCAGCAGUCAUUCACAGCAUCUUGACAGUGACACACACCUUAUUGUUUUGUGCGAAUUUCAACCCUCAGUCAGAAACCUUUUGUAUCCUUCCUCAUCCAAUAAUAUUCAUAUCUGGUGUCAGAAGGCAUCAAAUAUCAACACUAUUCAUAUAUCAUCACUAGCAACAAUUCCCUGCUUCUAAUGAGCAGAUGAGAACCAGUGCAGUUAACACUGUUCACUCAGUAAGACGAUAUGACAAAUCAAUUACACCAUGUGAAGGUAUACUGUAUAUAGGUCAUGGAUGGUGCUGGUACAUGUCCCUCGAGACCAGUAUCAUUUCUGUAUCACUAGAAUUACUAUUGACGAUACUGGUGUUAUAACAUGUGGGAUCCAUAGCAGUUGUAUAUGCUGGAACUGUUAGUUCAGUAUUGAGGCCUACUGUUGGCACAUUUACAAUAUAGUUUUUACCCCAGUGUUUUACCCAAAAGGCUCAGACUUUUCUGUUUCCAUCUACGUGGGCCGGCACGCCUGUCUCACUGGGCCAAAGCCCGCGUAGAUGCUCUGACUUGGGGCCAAAUCCAGGCCGCUGGUACUUUUCAGAUUCAUUUACAAAACAAUGGCCAACUGUGAACUUUAACACCUUCUCACAGAUGUUGUUGAUUCUGCUUGCUACAAGUCGUUAGUGUCACACUCCUGAUGGAAACAUAAUAACACUAGAGUUUACAUUAACAUAAAUCACUGGUGACACACUGGUGUGGGGUAAGUCUAGAUGGAAAAGCACCAUGUUAAUUCCACAGGUGAAAUGACCGGUAUUACGAUACAUUUGCGAUCCAUAGCAUCUAGCUUCCUGGAUCAGGAAACGUGUUAGUUGGUUAUUUUAUGUAUUUUGUCUUCAUACAGUUACUUCCACAGGUGAAAUGGCCGGUGUUAUGACACAUUUAGGAGCCCUGUCAUCUAUGGAGGCUGAAACAGGGAGCCAGUUUGAAGCUAACAUGUAUUUUGUCAUAGUUACUGUUACUGUAUUGUAAUACCACAGGUGAAAUGUCUGGUGUUACGACAUAUGUGGGAACAGGAAGCCUGACCUGUGUCAGUUGAGUCUUGAAGACAGUAACCUAUGUAUUUUAUCUCAAUACAGAAUAUGAAACCUUUGUUAACUGAGUCUCAGAGCCAAUGUACAGGUAACUGCCAAAAUAAAGGAAACGCCAACAUUGGCAUAGAUUCUAUAAGUGUCUGGAAGUCUAUUGGAGGGAUGCGACACAAUUCUUCCAUGAGAAAUUCCAUAAUUUGGUACCAACACCUGUGUGGAAGCACCUGCUUUCAAUAUACUUUGUAUCCCCCAUUUACUCAAGUGUUUCCAUUAUUUUGUCAGUUACCUGUAUAUUCUGGACUUUAUAUUUCUGGUGAAAUUGUCAAUGUUACAACCAACGUGACAUGUAGUAUACUGCCAUGUUUCUGCUGCUGGAAGCUUGUAUUAGCUGAGUCAGUUUUAGAUAUAGUUCCACAUAAGCAGGAUGGAUGGCAGGCAGGCAGGGAGUGCUGCAUUGUGGGUAGCUGCAGGGCUCUCUGGGUAUAGAGUGAAGACGAGAGGAAGCAUGUUUUCAUCUAGCUACCCACACUCACACACACACACACACACACACACACACACACACACUCCAUCUAUCGUUUAACUACAGCUGUUUCUACUCAUGUCUCUGCCUGUAAAGUGAGAAGGAAGGGAAACAAGGUUGUGUGUGUGUGUGUGUGUGUGUGUGUGUGUGUGUGUGUGUGUGCGUGUGUGUGUGUGUGUGUGUGUGUGUGUGUGUGUGUGUGUGUGUGUGUACAUAAUGUGUGUGAGAGCAAUAGGGCAUCUGUGAGUGUAUGUGUCAGUCUGCAAAUCUCUAAUUGUGGGAUCAUGAGCAUGUGAGAAAAUAAUUUGCUGCGAGGAAACAAGCAAUUUUCAGUCUUUCACACUAACAUACCCACACCCAACUGUCACACACACACACACACACACACACACACACACACACACACACACACACACACACACACACACACACACACACACACACACACACACACACUCACACACACACACACAGGGCAAUAUUUGGGGCCAUGAGAGGCUAUGUUUGUAGAGCUUACGGUGUUUGUAUGAGACAUCAGGGUGGGGCUGCCACGGGGGGAUGGAGAGAAGGAGAGACGGAGAAGAGGAGGGGGGAUUUCUGUCUUUUCACAGCCUGCUGUGACUCCAGUGGUGAGGGAGUGGAGGGAAAGGCUGAAUGGAGGCUCUGUGUAUCUGCAGCCCCAGUCCCUCUCUCUUUCUCUCUCUCUCUCUUUCUCUCUCUCUCUCUUUCUCUCUCUCUCUCUCUCUCUCCCUGUCUCUCUCUCCCUGUCUCUCUCGCUCUCUCUCUCCCUCUCUCCCAUCUCGUACCAUUCACUCUAUGAUCUCUCUCUUUCGCCUUCUCUCUUUCGCUCUCUCUCAAACUCUCUCUCUCUGUUUCUCUAUCUCACUCUCCCUUCUCUCUCUCUCAACCUCUCUCUCUCUUUCUAUCACUUUCCCUUCUCUCUCUUUCUGCAUAUCCUCUCUCUCCCUUUCUCUCUACCUCUCUUUUUAUCUCUAUCUCUAUCACUCUCUCUUUCUCUCUCUUUCUGCCUCUCUCUCUCUCUACCUCUCUCUCUCUCUCUAGCACACAGACACACAAUUGUCAAAGACGUCAACAUCAGGCAUCCCCAAGAGUCAAUGUAUAAUUCAAAUUGUGAGUACUUCAGUCCCACCCUACAGGUCUGUAAUAAAUAACUGUGUAACUGACUCAGUCUCAGAGAGUGGUGAAACCUUAAUGAUUAGUGCUGCUAUGUUGCUACGGGCCAUCAUACACAUCUCUGCCAAUCUCUGGCUGUGUCCCAAACGGCACCCUAUUCCCUAUAUAGUGGGAACGAGGGAGGGAGGAAGAGAGGGAUAGAGAGAGAGGGAUAGAGAGAGAAGGGUGUGGAGUGCUAUCCGUGAGCAGGUGUAAAUAUUUGCUGUUCUGCUUGUCAGGGUAGCUAGCGCUGUCGGGCUGGGACGGGCAAACUAUCUCCUUCUGGUCCUACUACUGGAAUACUGAUGAAGAGGCUGGCAUACACGGUGGGCACUGGGGCGUGGGGAGGAUGGGAGAAGAGAGAGAGGGAGAGAGAGGUGGGUGGAGUGAGAGGGAGCAUGGAGAGAGAGAAGUGUGUGGAUGAGAAGGAUAGGAGGGGAGUGAGGGAGGAGGGUUUGAAAGAAAGAGGAAGGAAGGGAGGGAGGGGUGUGUGUGGAUUGGAGAUCAGCAGUGUUCUGUUCUGUUCCCCAGCAGUACCCACCCUGGACCCUGUUUAUUUUCCCAGUAGUCUCUCCUCACUCCUCUGCUCUGCCCUCAGUGCCAGCCUUCUGCCACAUGUACAGAAAUAGAAAAAACACUUCCUCCACACACACACACAGCCCCCAGAAUAAUAACCGUCAGGAGUAGCCUGGACUGGCACGCUGAUUGUAAGAUCAAGCUGACUUCUUAAUGGUGCCCCAGACCAGUUCAGCUUUGUUAGUGUGUGUGUUUUUGUUUGUGUGUCCCUGACCUCAGCUGACUUGUUUUAGACAAGUGGUUUUCAACCUGUGGUCCGAGGACCACCUGUUCCACACAUUAUUUUUCUAUAUAUAUACAGUACCAGUCAAAAGUUUGGACACACCUAGUCAUUCUAGGGUUUUUCUUUAUUUUUACUAUUUUCUACAUUGUAGAAUAAUAGUGAAGACAUCAAAACUAUGAAAGAACACAUAUGGAAGUACACACUCCUGCUAAAUGAUGUAAAUGUAAACUCCCGAGUGGCGCAGUGGUCUAAGGCACUGCAUCGCAGUGCUAGCUGUGCCACUAGAGAUCCUGGUUCGAGUCCAGGCUCUGUCGCAGCCGGCCGCGACCGGGAGACCCAUGGGUGGCGCACAAUUGGCUGGCAGGGAUGUGGGUUCGUUUCCCACGGGGGCCAGUAUGAAAACAAAAAAAACAUGUAUGCAUUCACUAACUGUAAGUCGCUCUGGAUAAGAGCGUCUGCUAAAUGAUGUAAAUGGAAUCAUGUAGUAACCAAAAAAGUGUUAAACAAAUCAAAAUAUAUUUUAGAUUCUUCAAAGUAGCCACCCUUUGUCUUGAUGACAGCUUUGCACACUCUUGGCAUUCUCUGAACCAGCUUCAUGAGAAAUACAUAUUUUAUGUAAAGAAAUUCUGUGACUCCGCGAAUGGUGGUCCUCAAGAGCUUUUGACGCUGAUUUGGUUGUCCCCGGAAUGGAAAAGGUUGGGAACUGCUGUAUUAGACAAUGUGUGUGUUAUGAAUCUGUGUGUCAUGGUUAUCUUCAGAGGCAUCGGGCUGUGACUAACCUAAUAUAUUACUGCCAAUAUACCCAAUGACUGUAUUGUUCUGGUCCGGGGCAGGCUACAACUACAGUCCGGUCUCAGUCAGUCUGCCCAUCCCUUUCUCUUUGCCCCUAGCCUUAACAAAAUGUCUCCACAGCAACAGAUGUUUCAUAGGUCAUUGAUGCCUCCUCCCUCACACAAUCACAAAAGCACAGCACAUCCCCCUAACCUUUACUUUAGCAUCUGAGACAUUAGCAUGGCCCCGCUAGUGAACUUUAGCAUCUACAAACAUUAGCAUUUGUAAGGAGUCCAGUUUCCAGUCAGUGUCCAAUAGAUGAAUCUAUAUACUCUCAUCUUACACCAUUGCCCUUUUAAACAGCACCGGUACCAUAUCAAGUUCACUAAUGGGAAUCACAAUGGGUCUGUCUGUUGAGUUGCCACUGGUGUUGCCAGGUAAAACCCUGAUAAAGUAGCCUGGUCCCAGAUUUGUUUGUGUUCUUGUCAACUCUAUUGCUGUCUUUUUCAAAAUCAGUGACAGAGUUGGCAUCAUAGCACAAACAGACCUGCACUCAGGCUACUGAUAAAGGUCUGUUGAGAAAGGUUGGUUAAAAAUAAGUAUAUUUUCUCUUGGGUUGCCAGGUAUUUCCCCAUGGGCCAUCCGGUGUCAGUGCAUCUCUACUUCCAGUCGGACCAGUUCCAGGGCUACCUGGUCAAGCACCACGCCACCAACCUGGCAACCAGCAAGCUGGAGACCCUGGAGACCUGGGUAAUGCCCAGGAAGACCUACAAGGUGGCCUCCCCGCCCAGCACCUUCAACAGGCUGCAGUUCGCUGAG